AUAUUUCAGUCUUUUAAUUUUACAUCUUUAACAUUAAUUAUCUUUUUCAAUGAAAACUAUAAUUGUUACUAAAAUUUGACUAGAUUGAUAUUAUCAUGAUUAAACAUAAAAAUGAAAUUAUUUUUAAAAUUUUGAUAACAAUUUUACUCAUUUUAAUAAAAAAAUCCGGCAGCAACGUGUUCUUUAAUGAAGUGAAAGCGGCUGCUGUUACCGGAAAAAUCCUCCCACCAAAUAGAGGACAAACGUGAGAUAAAGAUUCGACGAUUGUAUUUCCUUCCCUUGUUUCUUCAAAAGAAAACAGAGAAGAAAAAAAAAGGUGAAAUAAAAAAUCUAUGGCGACGAUCUCUUCAAAAAUUUUUCUCUGUUAUGCAACUCCAAAACCCCAAUUCCCUACAAUCACUUCUCCUUCUCUUUUACCUUCUGCAAAGAAAGUUAACGAUAAACCCACCAAGCAAAUUACUUUUUACAGCAACAGUAAUUCCCGUUUCACGGCCAGAGCUUCUUCUUCCUCUGCCGCUGAAUUCACCGCCAACAUCGGCGAUGUACUAGGCGACGUUAGCGUUUUCACCGCUGCGGGUCAACCUGUUUUCUUCAAAGAUCUGUGGGACCAAAAAGAGGGAGUAGCGGUUGUAGCACUUUUAAGGCAUUUCGGAUGCUUUUGCUGUUGGGAACUUGCUUCAGCUCUGAAAGAAGCAAAACCAAAAUUCGACUCAGCUGGUGUGAAAUUAAUUGCAGUUGGUGUUGGUACUCCUGAUAAAGCUCGUAUCCUUGCAGAGCGGUUGCCAUUUCCAAUGGACUCCCUUUAUGCUGAUCCUGAACGUAAGGCAUAUGAUGUUUUGGGUUUAUACUAUGGUCUUGGGCGUACAUUUUUCAAUCCAGCCAGUGCAAAGGUGUUCUCAAGACUUGACAAAGUGAAGAAAGCUAUGGAAAACUAUACCAUGAAAGCCACUCCAGAUGAUAAAAGCAGUGUAUUACAACAGGGAGGGAUGUUUGUCUUCAAAGGGAAACAAUUGUUGUAUGCACGAAAAGACGAAGGGACAGGUGAUCAUGCUCCUUUAGAUGAUAUCUUUAAUGUUUGCUGCAAAACCCCAGUGGCAUGAAGUCUUUCUAUAAUAUAUUAUUCAAUCAUUCUAGACGAGCCUGUUUCAGAUAUCGGCAUAUGCUGCAAGGUUCUGGUUGCAUAAAUUGCUACAUCUUAUUUGCAACCCAAGCAGCAAAAUAUUGCUUUCUUUUGUAAAAUAUUGCUGAAAAUAAUAUAUAUACUUUUUUUUUGCAAAAAUUAAAAGCUAUGGAAAUAUUAAUCAAAUAGCCAAUAAUAAUUUGUAAAUAAUAUAGCUACAUAUGUACUUGAGAACAUUUUAAUAGCCAAUAAUAAUUUGUAAAACGCUUGACAUUUUGGCUAAUGAUUUUAAA